GCUGAGCCUUUAAAUUGAUACUGCUCUGUUGGCAAAGACUCUGAAAGAAAUGUAAAACAACUCUCUGGUGUUGAACUGUGUUCUGUUUUAGGAACUGGUUUAGCCUGUGCUGGCACAGAAACCCUCUCUGAGGCAGCUUUUUUCAGCUGGAAUGGGUUUAUCCUCUAUAGUUUAAUUUCAUCUCAUUUGUUGGAAAACCUUUCUAUAAAAGCAAGACAUCAGUUUCUCCCCCAUAGUUGGGUUUUUAGUAGAAAUCCUGCUGUGAAGAUCAAGAGAAAGAAGAUGGACCUCUAAAAUGUAACUGGCCUCAGAAGCCUUCCCAUUUUGGGUGGAAAUGCAGUGCUACAGUGUUUGCCAGAAUGCACCAUAAUUCCAGUGUUCCAAGAGAUGUUUCCUCUUGGUAAUGACUUGAACGUGUCAGUAAUUUAGGCACUAAAGAUGGUCCAGGUCGUGGAUUACAUGAGAACUCCAAGGCAUAUUACUGAACUCCACUACUGUGAAUUCAGGCUGAUUGUGAGUCAAGUCUGUAUCUGCUGAGGAAGUUAACUGAUGCACCCUCUAAUUAAAGUCUCUGCAGCACCUUCCUCCUACAUAAAUGGGCUGGUGAAUUCCUGCUUGUUCCUGUGGUCACCAGUGCAACAGAGGGACCCGUCUGAGUGACAGCUGUUUGAGUUUGAAAAGCAAAGACAGCCAAAAUUAGAUUGUUUUGGAGAGAAGUGAUAGCCAACCUGGGACAGCAGUUAAGGAAAUCUCAGUGGUGUCACAAUUCAAUUACAAGGAGCAGGGGCAGUAGGCUUGAUGUGAAGUCCACAGAAGUGAAGGGAUAAACCCUUAUCAGCUCUGGCCCAGCCCCUCACACAGCACACAGAGUCACUUAGGCUGAAAGAGGGGAAGUUCCUGCAGAUCCCUAGCAAGCUGGCCCACCACCACCAUUCCCAGGGACCCCUCAGCUGAGAGCAGCGGUGUCGGAGGGAGCAGCUUGGCCACACGGUGGAGCGGUCGGAUCUCUGCAGGGAGAAAUCCGAAGGCUGCCUGGUGCCAGCAUCCUCCAGCACGCAGGGAUGCUGCAAGUCCUCCGAGUUCUCCUGGGAGCCGCAAUUUUACGGGCUCGCAGCACACGCUCUCUCUGCUUAAUAACAUUUGGCUGCUGCUGAGACGCCUGCCCAGCGAGCUCCAAGCUGCUGCCAGCCUUGCAGAGUCCCACCUGGCAGCAUGGCAGCAGCACAGGGCUCCCCUGCGCCCAGAGCUGCCAAGCCCUGCAAGAAGCAGCGCACGGUGAAGCGGCAAAGCGGCAUCUACACCUACCAGGAGCCUCCCCACAGCAACUCGGAUGACGACGCUGGUGAAGAGAAGGCUGAGAGCCAUGACCCAGAGCAGAUCUUUCAGAACAUCCAGUACCAGAAGGAGAUCAUGUCCAACAUCCGCUGCCGGCCGUGGCCCAUGCGGCAGAAGCUGAGGGCGCUCAGGCAGGCCAAGGAGAUCGUGCUGAAGUACGAGGGGAGGCUCACGAGAACCAGAGGUUACCAGGCUGCUGGGGCAGAGCUUUGGAAGAAGUUUAUUCGACUUGCAUACAAUUUUGUGGUAAUAUUUAUUCCUUGGGAAAUGAGAAUAAAGAAAAUCGAGAGUCAUUUUGGGUCUGGAGUUGCCUCUUACUUCAUCUUCCUGAGAUGGCUGUUUGGGAUCAAUAUUGUCCUCACCAUAAUGACAGGAGCAUUUGUAGUCCUACCAGAGCUCCUGGCCGGAGCCCCGUUCGGCAGCACGCUCAGCAAGACCAUUCCCAAGGAGCACAUUGCAUCUGCUCAAGACCUGGACACCAUCUGGUCCCUAGGGGGCUACCUCCAGUACUCUGUCCUGUUUUAUGGCUAUUAUGGUCGGGACAGGAAGAUUGGCAAAGCUGGAUACCGGCUGCCUCUUGCCUACUUCCUUGUUGGAAUGGCUGUGUUUGCUUACAGCUUCAUCAUUCUUCUAAAAAAAAUGGCAAAGAACUCAAGAAUGAGUUUAGCAAGUGCCUCUGAUGAAAAUUACACUUUCUGCUGGAGACUUUUCUGUGCUUGGGACUAUUUGAUAGGAAACCCUGAGGCUGCAGAGAGCAAAGCUGCAGCCAUAGUCAACAGCAUCAGGGAAGCUAUAUUGGAAGAGCAGGAAAAGAAGAAAAGCAAAAACUUGGCAGUGACCAUAAGCUUAAGAAUUAUUGCAAACAUCCUCGUGCUCCUGUCCCUUGCAGGAAGUAUUUACAUCAUCUACUUUGUGGUGGAUCGAUCCCAAAGGUUAGAGCGCACCAAGAAAGAAUUGACUCUCUGGGAAAAAAAUGAGGUCAGCGUAGUUGUGUCACUGAUCACAAUGAUUGCACCCUCUGCUUUUGAACUUGUGGCAGCUCUGGAGAUGUACCAUCCAAGGACCACUCUUCGCUUCCAGCUUGCCAGGGUUCUUGUCCUAUACCUGGGAAACCUCUACAGUUUAAUCAUUGCCCUCCUGGAUAAAGUGGACAGUAUGAGUGUCACUGACUCUGAUGUGAACAACAAUGCAAGUAAUUCUACCACCUCCUUAGCAACUAACACUCUUUCUAAGGAUGACAAUUUAACCAUUCCUGGUGUACAAAUUAAGAGAAAUGGCUUUGUCACAUUAGAAGAGCAUCGCACCCAAGGCCUGACAGACUCACUGGUUAACCAGACAAUUUCCUUUAACACCCAGAACCCACAGGAUCAGUGCUGGGAGACAUAUGUUGGUCAAGAGAUGCUCAAGCUUUCAAUUAUCGACAUGAUUUUCACAGUUGCAAGCAUCCUGCUAAUUGAUUUUUUCCGUGGACUGUGUGUCCGGUAUCUGAGUGAUUGCUGGUGCUGGGAUCUAGAAAGCAAGUUUCCAGAGUAUGGAGAAUUCAAAAUUGCAGAGAACGUAUUGCAUUUGGUCUACAACCAAGGAAUGAUCUGGAUGGGAGCUUUCUUUUCACCUUGCUUACCAGCAUUCAAUGUACUCAAGUUGAUUGGACUCAUGUACCUGAGGAGCUGGGCUGUGCUGACAUGCAAUGUACCACACCAGCAGGUUUUCAGAGCAUCUCGAUCAAAUAAUUUCUACUUGGCCAUGUUGCUGUUUAUGCUGUUCUUGUGCAUGUUACCAACAAUUUUUGCUAUUGCCCGAUAUAAGCCAUCCUUAAGCUGUGGCCCCUUCAGUGGUCAAGAAAAAAUAUAUGAUAUUGUUUCUGAAACGAUUCAAAAUGAUUUUCCCACAUGGUUCAACACAGUGAUUACUUACAUCAGCAGUCCCGUGGUUGUCCUCCCUGCACUGCUACUGUUAUUCAUGCUAAUCUACUACCUACAAAGUAUUGCAAGAUCAUUAAAAUUCACCAACAAUCAACUGAGAAUGAAGAUACAAACGGAAAGAACUGAAGACAAGAAGAAGGUGGUUCAGAUGGCAGUAGCCAGAAUCCAAAAUAUGGAUGCUAAUGACAAAAGACCAGAGCAAGAAACUGAUAUUAUCAGCCAGGAGUCUUCUGUUCGCUCCUCAACACCCCGAAAGAAUGGCAGCGUCUUGAACUUUGAAUCUCCUGUGAGCAAAGGCACCAGAAUACAAACCAUUUCCCAGUCUGUGCCUCAAGCUGUACCAACAACUGAUGUUGUGAGACCUGCCAAUGCAACUCCCACAACUUCGACCUCUUUAACACCAGCUCCCUCUGUGUCAAGUGUGCAGAAAGCAAGAAAUGAUCAUAUCACAAACAGAUACCCAAGUGUUGUUCAUAGGAGUGCGAGUGAGCUGUGCAAAACAAAGCCCUACACACCAGUGACUUUCAAAAAGCACACUGAAGACGUUCACUCUGACCCUCUCUUCAGAAAAGCCAUUAGGCAGGUAAAUUCGGAUGCCCUUGGGGCUGGGGCUCCUGUAUUUUUGGGAUGUAGACCAUAUGCUACCAGGUAUUUUCUGGUUAAUGAAAAUGAGCCCCGCAAAAAAUCGCUCCGUUCUACCUCCCGACUCCAAAGGCAUUUCAGAAAGGAGGAAUCAGGAGACAUUAUUGAGCUGUAUCCACGCCACAUCAGACGAUAUGUGGUUCGGACACCACACCAGAUGUAUUCCCCUCAUCCCAGUGAAGAUGAGGAGGAUGAAGAAGAACUUGAGAAAGAAUUCAUGAACAGAUCCCAUCGCCCUCGCUCGCUGUCUGACCUGCGCCCAGCAUCACGGUUUUACAUUGGGGAUCGCGCUGAUGGCCACGUUCUAAUGAGCAAAGAUCUAGCCAGAGUGCAUUACAAAUCCUGGGAUGAUGGUUUUGAGCUGGACCUGGACAGGCCUCCAUAUGCUUACAAGAAAGUACACCUGAACUAUCCUGAGCCACGUGUGAAACCAAAAUCAAAGCAAAAGCUGGAGCAAUCUCUAACCGAGUCUGAUUCCAUUUCCAUUGAAUCCAGCAGUGAUCCGCAGAACAGCAGCAAUGACCAGUACAUCCAGGUCAUUCAUACCAAGGACAAGUAUCCAAAAACUGGAGCAAAACUCACCAAAAAGAAACCUAAAAACAGUGUUAAUCUAAGUAUGUCUGAGCCUAGUGAACUGGUGUGCUCAAAUGUCUGAGAAAGUGCCACAGCCUCCUUGUGUUUUGAGCCAGUGUAUGUGCAGUUGUACUUUACUUGCUGUUGGAGGUCUGUCAGAGUAACUGUGAUGUAGUUUUUGUAAGAAUAGUGUAUGCAGCCAUUCGAGGUGGGGAAAGCCUUGUGUUUUACUCUUUGUCGUACCUUGCUUUUAUAUCACAACUGAUAUGUCACAAAUUUUAGAAAAGAAGGUUAUUCCAAUUUAUUCCCUACUGUUACACUGUCAAAUCUCUGCCUAGUGGAAAAUCAAAAGCCAUGUACUUGGAGCACUUCAAUUA